UCUGCAUUCGAUCGGUCACAUGCGCGCGUGUGUUUAGUUUCACUUCCGCACUCCGCUACAUCCUUGUUAGCCUCGUUAGCUCCCUGCAUGGCUUCACACUUCACACGUUUUGUUUGUUUGUUUGAGGGAAAGCGCCUUUAUUAACCAGGACAGACAGGAGUGCAGCUAACGACAUUCAUCUUAAACUACAAACCGCAUGCAGAUUCACUUUGUUUUAUCUGCCACGUUAAAAAAAAAAAAUCUUUAUUGUUGGAGAAGUCAACCAGGAAGCGACGUUAGCGUGAGGAAGCUACACACAAACUACUGUCAGUCUGUGUUAAACAGUAACUAACGAAGUCCAAGAAGUCAUGAAGGUAGUCAACAGUCGAAAUGGAGGGUCCUUCCUGGUGUGGACACUGACUGUUCAGCUGGUCCUGUGUGGGAGUGGGGUGUACGCCACUAACAGCACUAAAAACUGUAAACUUGCUUAUGAGUCUCCCUCAGAACGGAAAGUCCUCAACCGACUAGAGCCUCUAGCACAUAAGAAUUUUACAGUAGUCUCCAAUACUGCGGACGGCAAUUACACAUAUGUGUUCCAGUUGUGUGGGGAUGCAGCAGGCAUUCCAGGAGCUGGGGCUGUUCAGGUGGAGGACAAGAAACCAACAAGUAAAACGGUGAUCGGCAGUUAUAAUUCAACACGGGCCAUUGGAGGAAGUGACUGGGUGAUGUUAAUCUAUGAAAAAGGUGAUGCAUAUGAUGCCCACUGCUCCAAGGAAAUGAGGAAAGCCAUUUUCAUGAUUUCUUGCAACAGGAAAAUUGAUGUGGGGAAGCUGGAGGUGGUGCUGGAGGACAGAGAUAGGUUGCACGAAUGCUUCUACCUGUUUGAGCUGGACUCCAGUGCAGUGUGCCCAGCUCUUUCAACCCAGCUCAGCACUGGCUCCAUAAUCCUCAUCAUUGGGAUCUGCCUUAUGGCUGUUUAUCUCAUUGGAGGUUUCCUCUACCAGCGACUGAUUGUUGGAGCCAAAGGGAUGGAUCAAUUCCCAAAUUAUGCUUUUUGGGUGGAGUUUGGCAACUUGUCAGCGGAUGGAUGUGACUUUGUGUGCCGGUCACGAAAUCGUGAGGAAGCCCCCGCUUACAGAGGAGUGUCUUCAGAACCUUUAGAAGAAGAGCAAGAGGAGAGAGACGACCACUUACUACCUAUGUGACCUCAACACGUCAGAAAUGUGACAGAAAGUUUCACUGUGUGACAGAAAGUUUUCACUGUGUGACACAGUUUACUCUUUCACAGGUUAGGUGAAGUUGCUGUUAGACACAAGUCUUGUUUUUCUUGUGCUGGUUUAAGUUAGGACCUGUUGACACUUUGUGUGUUUUAUUCCAGACUUGUGCCUAGGGCAACUACUGUGUAAUCUGUCUGUUAAAGGGCAUGUUACUCAUAGGGCUGACAGACCUGCCCACUCUCUCCACCCAGUGCAUUUCAUUCAGCUGUUUGAGCACCUCUUCUUCCAUGGAAAUCUGGCACAAAACGACAGAAUUAAUAAGUUGGAUUUUUACAUAACUUCAACGUAAUGACGCAUUUCUCAUAUUCUUCUGCUUUAACUGAUGAUUGAUUGUUGUUUUAAGUCGGUGCAGUAAGUUCUCGGGUUUUGGUCGUGCACUGGCAGGUUACAAAAACACAAAGUGCUUUUGCUUGUGUCAUUUGGCUUUAAUCAGUUUAUAUGUUUUUGUUUUGAAAGUUAGAGAUGUAAAUGUUUAAUUUUAAGUACUGCGACUGUGACUUAAAACCUUGCUACACAACCUGAAAUCACUGCAAAAGCUAUAUCUCGGUUCAUUUUCACUUUUUAUCUGGGAUUCUCCCACACGACAGGGGGAAAGCUUCUACAUCAAUGAUGAUAUCUCCUUAAACUGGUUAGCAUGGCCAGCUUCUUGACAGAAAUCUGAGCUCCACAGUUUGUUACUGACAUCCUCUUUUUUUUUUUCAAAUUGAAGGAUCGACGAUACUAUUAAAUCGAUCUGCUAAAGUUACAAAUUUGGUGUCCCUCGGAAAGCAUCCAACUGAAAAAAAAAAAAAAAAGUAUGAUAAUUUUUGCUCUUAAAUACUACUAUGCAGUGGUGGGCAAUUAAAAGAAAUUUAUAUAUGAAUUCCACUUUUCAUAGGAUCUCAAAAAUGAUACUAUAUAUGUAUGUAUAAUAUGUAUAUGUAGUAUAUUUACUUGUAUUUUCAUAGAAUAAAUGAACAUUAACAGCAAAAGACCAAUGUUAAUAAUCACAAACUAUUUAAUAAUGAAUGUUAUAGUGUCUAAACUCUAAUCCUCCCUGAUAAAACUGACCCAAACAGCAAAUGCACUGCUUUUUUGGUCUUUGACCAAACAUUCAGGCUGCUUCAUACCUGAUGCACUGCUUCUUUAGGAAGAUAGAGUGGCAAUGAAAGCACUUCAUUUUCUAUACACCAUGUACCAACAUGUUACAGCUGUAAAAAAUAAAAUGUUAUAGCUAAAGAUAAUAAUAAGGUUUGUAAUAUUUUUAGAAAUUUCAAAAUCAUUGCUGUUAUCCUAAAGAUCAAAGCAGGAUUUUUGACCUUGGUGGAAAAAUUAUGUUUGAACGUUUAAGUUGUGAACCGAGUUACUAUAAUACUGUCAGUGUGAGCACUUAUAUUUGUGUUGAUUUGUUUCUAUCACUUCAUUUUUCUGUUUAUUCCGGUUGAUUAUUUCUUUGCUUAGUUCUGUGAAUGGACUCUUGGACGCGACGAUCUGGUGGAAAUGGUUACACCUGUGGUUGAAGUGAACUAAACACCUGAUAGAUUAAUACAAUAGCUCGUUUGGCUCGAGAAUGAUUAUAAGCCUCAAACUUUUUUUGUUUGUUUGCCGAUUCCAUCGAAAAUAAAAUAAAAUAUGAAAGAAG